AUGGAGGACUGCAAGAACCUCUUUGGGCCCUAUGGCGACCUGCUGUUCAUGGGAGACGUCCUGCCAGAGCCGCUGCGCACCCUGUGGCGCCUGCUGCGCACUGCCGCGCGGCACUACAUCUUCAUCGGCAAUCCCGAGGAGACGUUCACAACCCGCGCCCGCCAGGACGCCCGCAGGGCGCUGCGCCAGUUUGCCAUCAUGAUCGAGCGCGACGACCGCCUUCCCCGCAGCUUGCUGUCCUACACACUGCACAUGAUGCUCUGCAGGCUUUAUGAUCAGGAGGAUGCGCGCGGGAUGGUGGGCCUGGACGGCGAGUGGUGGAUUGAGCGCGGCGUGGCGCUGUUCAAGGACCUGAUUGCUGGGCGCCAAAUCGUCAGGGGGGUCGAGAAGGUGGCAGCCCACAGCCUCCUGCUGCGAGACGCGCUUGCCGAACAGCUGCUGCAGCACCCAGAGCUCGCCGCGUGCCAACAGCCAGCACAGGCGGUGGCGACGGCUGAGGCAGCCGCGUCCGCCAGCGGCCGCACGGCGGGGGCCGCAGCCGCCGCCAGCUCGGCUGCUGCGGGCAGCGGCAUCCGCGGGCGGCGCGCGAGGCGCAGCGCCGCCCCCGACAGCUUCGCGCCCGGCAGGGGCGGCUGCCGCAUGCUGGACGCUGGCCACCAGGUGCGCCGCGAGGCGCAGCGCGAUGAGGCCCGCAGCGUGCUGACGACGUUCUUCACGGCCAUGGCGGGGUCUGACGUGGACGGCUGGACGCUGCCAGCCGCCAUCGAGGCUGUGAACAGUGGGCGCCUGCGGGUGUUCAAGCGCGCUCACAUGCCGCACGACGGCGGUGACGUCACCUCUAGCGAGUACCGCCGCAGCCGCUCGCGUGUGUCAUGCUUUGUGCGGCAGACAUGGGAGGACUCGGGCUCGUUGCCGUACAUCUGCGAUGUCGUGCGGCUGGUGCUCCUGGAGCCGCCAACGGCCACAGCAGCGGCGCCGCAGUGGCCGCAGUGGCUGCAGCGGCGGCGGGCAGAAGCCGGGAGCUCAGCGGCAGCAACGGCGGCAGCGGCGGCGGCAUAA